AUGUUUUUGAACUCAGACAUACAGGAAGGCAACUACUCCUAUUUGCAGAGAAUGAAUGGCUAUGAAGGUGAUAGAACCGUCUUCUGGAGUGACGCGUCAAUCUCUUCUUCGCCUAGAACAUUAAAUGACGAUUUAUUCAGUACUCAAGGUCACUCUCUGGAGGACCCUCUCUCGCAGAGAGUACGGGAACAGGACCUGAUGUUUGCUGCGGAUCAACCUAACGCUAAUUUAUAUGUUGAGAGAAAUUCACCUAACACCCCUUUCUUUUGGGAAGAAUACGAAGAUCCUUUCUUCCAAGAGGAGAUUCUUUUGAAUCCGAUGUCUCCUAAUAAUGUUGCUACUUUUGAUGAUCCUAGCAAUUUGUUAUAUGGGAGUCGUUAUGAGAGGCCUCCCUUUCCUCUUCCCACGCCUCAGUCUUUUGCUAUGAGUCCAUCUCCCUACACUGUUCCCCCCCAUAUUUAUCGGCGACCUUAUCCACAGUACGAACCUCCCCGCAUAGCGGAGGGAUUUGUACGAACUCCCUCUCCUCGUUAUGAUUUUGGUAUUCACUCAAUGCAUCAACCUGUACCUACAUCGAUGCCCAUGGGUACGGUUGCUCCACCUCCAUCGAUGCCCAUGGGUACGAUUGCUCCACCUCCAUCAUUGCCCAUGGGUACGAUUGCUCCACCUCCAUCAUUGCCCAUGGGUACGAUUGCUCCACCUCCAUCAAUGCCCAUGGGUACGAUUGCUCCCCCUCCAUCAUCGCCUGUGUCGACAAUCGCUGCACCUCCAUCAUCGCCUGUGUCGACAACAGCUCCUCGUCCUCCUGCUCCUACUCCACUGCCACAACCCCAAGUGAUGUCUAUCCCAUCGAGCAAUAAGAAGCAUAAGAAAGGCAUGAACAAUUACAACAAGAAGGAAUUGAAUGCAAGCAUGUACAAGAUUGACCUAUAUAGAACUCUUACAGGAAAGGAUAUGCGAAUGACCCUAAUGAUCCGAAACAUCCCCAACGGCUUUACGAGAACGAAACUGCUCAGAUAUUUGGACGGGUUUGUAAAGAACAAAUACGACUUUUUGUAUUUGCCUGUGGAUUCCAUCUCGUUAAGCAAUCUCGGUUUCGCUUACAUUUCAAUGAUUAAUCUCAAAAGCGUGGAAACUAUAUACAAUGAGAUGCAUGGAAAAAGAUGGAAGGACACGUUCAGCAUGAAGGUGUGCCAGAUUGUUUAUGCAAGAAUGCAGGGGAAACUAGCGAUGAAGCGACUAUGCAAGGACUGGAGUGUGAUGCAGCUCCCUGAAGAAUAUCAUCCUAUCUUUUUUAAGCCGAUUAUUGAUGAAAGGGGGCAUACAGUAAUGAUUGUUGAAGAUAUUUUGUGUGUUUGUUGA